CUGAUUCCCUGGCUUAGGCUCAAGACGUAUGCCACCUUUCCAGAAGCACCUCAGGAGGAGGCUUCUCUCAGCAAUAGGCUCAAGACGUAUGCCACCUUUCCAGAAGCACCUCAGGAGGAGGCUUCUCUCAGCAAUAGGCUCAAGACGUAUGCCACCUUUCCAGAAGCACCUCAGGAGGAGGCUUCUCUCAGCAAUAGGCUCAAGACGUAUGCCACCUUUCCAGAAGCACCUCAGGAGGAGGCUUCUCUCAGCAAUAGGCUCAAGACGUAUGCCACCUUUCCAGAAGCACCUCAGGAGGAGGCUUCUCUCAGCAAUAGGCUCAAGACGUAUGCCACCUUUCCAGAAGCACCUCAGGAGGAGGCUUCUCUCAGCAAUAGGCUCAAGACGUAUGCCAACUUUCCAGAAGCACCGCAGGAGGAGGCUUCUCUCAGCAAUAGGCUCAAGACGUAUGCCACCUUUCCAGAAGCACCUCAGGAGGAGGCUUCUCUCAGCAAUAGGCUCAAGACGUAUGCCACCUUUCCAGAAGCACCUCAGGAGGAGGCUUCUCUCAGCAAAAGGCUCAAGACGUAUGCCACCUUUCCAGAAGCACCUCAGGAGGAGGCUUCUCUCAGCAAUAGGAUCAAGACGUAUGCCAACUUUCCAGAAGCACCUCAGGAGGAGGCUUCUCUCAGCAAUAGGCUCAAGACGUAUGCCAACUUUCCAGAAGCACCUCAGGAGGAGGCUUCUCUCAGCAAUAGGCUCAACACGUAUGCCAACUUUCCAGAAGCACCUCAGGAGGAGGCUUCUCUCAGCAAUAGGCUCAAGACGUAUGCCAACUUUCCGGAAGCACCUCAGGAGGAGGCUUCUCUCAGCAAUAGGCUCAAGACGUAUGCCAACUUUCCAGAAGCACCUCAGGAGGAGGAUUCUCUCAGCAAUAGGCUCAAGACGUAUGCCACCUUUCCAGAAGCACCUCAGGAGGAGGCUUCUCUCAGCAAAAGGCUCAAGACGUAUGCCAACUUUCCAGAAGCACCGCAGGAGGAGGCUUCUCUCAGCAAUAGGCUCAAGACGUAUGCCACCUUUCCAGAAGCACCUCAGGAGGAGGCUUCUCUCAGCAAUAGGCUCAAGACGUAUGCCACCUUUCCAGAAGCACCUCAGGAGGAGGCUUCUCUCAGCAAUAGGCUCAAGACGUAUGCCAACUUUCCAGAAGCACCUCAGGAGGAGGCUUCUCUCAGCAAUAGGCUCAAGACGUAUGCCAACUUUCCAGAAGCACCUCAGGAGGAGGCUCCUCUCAGCAAUAGGCUCAAGACGUAUGCCACCUUUCCAGAAGCACCUCAGGAGGAGGCUUCUCUCAGCAAAAGGCUCAAGACGUAUGCCACCUUUCCAGAAGCACCUCAGGAGGAGGCUUCUCUCAGCAAUAGGCUCAAGACGUAUGCCACCUUUCCAGAAGCACCUCAGGAGGAGGCUUCUCUCAGCAAUAGGCUCAAGACGUAUGCCAACUUUCCAGAAGCACCGCAGGAGGAGGCUUCUCUCAGCAAUAGGCUCAAGACGUAUGCCACCUUUCCAGAAGCACCUCAGGAGGAGGCUUCUCUCAGCAAUAGGCUCAAGACGUAUGCCAACUUUCCAGAAGCACCUCAGGAGGAGGCUUCUCUCAGCAAUAGGCUCAAGACGUAUGCCACCUUUCCAGAAGCACCUCAGGAGGAGGCUUCUCUCAGCAAUAGGCUCAAGACGUAUGCCAACUUUCCAGAAGCACCUCAGGAGGAGGCUUCUCUCAGCAAUAGGCUCAAGACGUAUGCCACCUUUCCAGAAGCACCUCAGGAGGAGGCUUCUCUCAGCAAUAGGCUCAAGACGUAUGCCACCUUUCCAGAAGCACCUCAGGAGGAGGCUUCUCUCAGCAAUAGGCUCAAGACGUAUGCCACCUUUCCAGAAGCACCUCACGAGGAGGCUUCUCUCAGCAAUAGGCUCAAGACGUAUGCCACCUUUCCAGAAGCACCUCAUGAGGAGGCUUCUCUCAGCAAUAGGCUCAAGACGUAUGCCACCUUUCCAGAAGCACCUCAUGAGGAGGCUUCUCUCAGCAAUAGGCUCAAGACGUAUGCCAACUUUCCAGAAGCACCUCAGGAGGAGGCUUCUCUCAGCAAUAGGCUCAAGACGUAUGCCAACUUUCCAGAAGCACCGCAUGAGGAGGCUUCUCUCAGCAAUAGGCUCAAGACGUAUGCCACCUUUCCAGAAGCACCUCAGGAGGAGGCUUCUCUCAGCAAUAGGCUCAAGACGUAUGCCAACUUUCCAGAAGCACCGCAUGAGGAGGCUUCUCUCAGCAAUAGGCUCAAGACGUAUGCCAACUUUCCAGAAGCACCUCAGGAGGAGGCUUCUCUCAGCAAUAGGCUCAAGACGUAUGCCACCUUUCCAGAAGCACCUCAGGAGGAGGCUUCUCUCAGCAAUAGGCUCAAGACGUAUGCCACCUUUCCAGAAGCACCUCAGGAGGAGGCUUCUCUCAGCAAUAGGCUCAAGACGUAUGCCACCUUUCCAGAAGCACCUCAGGAGGAGGCUUCUCUCAGCAAUAGGCUCAAGACGUAUGCCACCUUUCCAGAAGCACCUCAGGAGGAGGCUUCUCUCAGCCAUAGGCUCAAGACGUACGCCACCUUUCCAGAAGCACCUCAGGAGGAGGCUUCUCUCAGCAAUAGGCUCAAGACGUAUGCCACCUUUCCAGAAGCACCUCAGGAGGAGGCUUCUCUCAGCAAUAGGCUCAAGACGUAUGCCACCUUUCCAGAAGCACCUCACGAGGAGGCUUCUCUCAGCAAUAGGCUCAAGACGUAUGCCACCUUUCCAGAAGCACCUCAUGAGGAGGCUUCUCUCAGCAAUAGGCUCAAGACGUAUGCCACCUUUCCAGAAGCACCUCAUGAGGAGGCUUCUCUCAGCAAUAGGCUCAAGACGUAUGCCAACUUUCCAGAAGCACCUCAGGAGGAGGCUUCUCUCAGCAAUAGGCUCAAGACGUAUGCCAACUUUCCAGAAGCACCGCAUGAGGAGGCUUCUCUCAGCAAUAGGCUCAAGACGUAUGCCACCUUUCCAGAAGCACCUCAGGAGGAGGCUUCUCUCAGCAAUAGGCUCAAGACGUAUGCCAACUUUCCAGAAGCACCGCAUGAGGAGGCUUCUCUCAGCAAUAGGCUCAAGACGUAUGCCACCUUUCCAGAAGCACCUCAGGAGGAGGCUUCUCUCAGCAAUAGGCUCAAGACGUAUGCCAACUUUCCAGAAGCACCGCAUGAGGAGGCUUCUCUCAGCAAUAGGCUCAAGACGUAUGCCACCUUUCCAGAAGCACCUCAGGAGGAGGCUUCUCUCAGCAAUAGGCUCAAGACGUAUGCCAACUUUCCAGAAGCACCUCAGGAGGAGGCUUCUCUCAGCAAUAGGCUCAAGACGUAUGCCACCUUUCCAGAAGCACCUCAGGAGGAGGCUUCUCUCAGCAAUAGGCUCAAGACGUAUGCCACCUUUCCAGAAGCACCUCAGGAGGAGGCUUCUCUCAGCAAUAGGCUCAAGACGUAUGCCACCUUUCCAGAAGCACCUCAGGAGGAGGCUUCUCUCAGCCAUAGGCUCAAGACGUAUGCCACCUUUCCAGAAGCACCUCAGGAGGAGGCUUCUCUCAGCAAUAGGCUCAAGACGUAUGCCACCUUUCCAGAAGCACCUCAGGAGGAGGCUUCUCUCAGCAAUAGGCUCAAGACGUAUGCCAACUUUCCAGAAGAACCGCAUGAGGAGGCUUCUCUCAGCAAUAGGCUCAAGACGUAUGCCACCUUUCCAGAAGCACCUCAGGAGGAGGCUUCUCUCAGCAAUAGGCUCAAGACGUAUGCCACCUUUCCAGAAGCACCUCAGGAGGAGGCUUCUCUCAGCAAUAGGCUCAAGACGUAUGCCAACUUUCCAGAAGAACCGCAUGAGGAGGCUUCUCUCAGCAAUAGGCUCAAGACGUAUGCCACCUUUCCAGAAGCACCUCAGGAGGAGGCUUCUCUCAGCAAUAGGCUCAAGACGUAUGCCACCUUUCCAGAAGCACCUCAGGAGGAGGCUACUCUCAGCAAUAGGCUCAAGACGUAUGCCAACUUUCCAGAAGAACCGCAUGAGGAGGCUUCUCUCAGCAAUAGGCUCAAGACGUAUGCCACCUUUCCAGAAGCACCUCAGGAGGAGGCUUCUCUCAGCAAUAGGCUCAAGACGUAUGCCAACUUUCCAGAAGCACCUCAGGAGGAGGCUUCUCUCAGCAAUAGGCUCAAGACGUAUGCCACCUUUCCAGAAGCACCUCAGGAGGAGGCUUCUCUCAGCAAUAGGCUCAAGACGUAUGCCAACUUUCCAGAAGCACCUCAGGAGGAGGCUUCUCUCAGCAAUAGGCUCAAGACGUAUGCCAACUUUCCAGAAGCACCUCAGGAGGAGGCUUCUCUCAGCAAUAGGCUCAAGACGUAUGCCACCUUUCCAGAAGCACCUCAGGAGGAGGCUUCUCUCAGCAAUAGGCUCAAGACGUAUGCCACCUUUCCAGAAGCACCUCAGGAGGAGGCUUCUCUCAGCAAUAGGCUCAAGACGUAUGCCACCUUUCCAGAAGCACCUCAGGAGGAGGCUUCUCUCAGCAAUAGGCUCAAGACGUAUGCCACCUUUCCAGAAGCACCUCACGAGGAGGCUUCUCUCAGCAAUAGGCUCAAGACGUAUGCCAACUUUCCAGAAGCACCGCAUGAGGAGGCUUCUCUCAGCAAUAGGCUCAAGACGUAUGCCACCUUUCCAGAAGCACCUCAGGAGGAGGCUUCUCUCAGCAAUAGGCUCAAGACGUAUGCCAACUUUCCAGAAGAACCGCAUGAGGAGGCUUCUCUCAGCAAUAGGCUCAAGACGUAUGCCACCUUUCCAGAAGCACCUCAGGAGGAGGCUUCUCUCAGCAAUAGGCUCAAGACGUAUGCCAACUUUCCAGAAGAACCGCAUGAGGAGGCUUCUCUCAGCAAUAGGCUCAAGACGUAUGCCACCUUUCCAGAAGCACCUCAGGAGGAGGCUUCUCUCAGCAAUAGGCUCAAGACGUAUGCCAACUUUCCAGAAGAACCGCAUGAGGAGGCUUCUCUCAGCAAUAGGCUCAAGACGUAUGCCACCUUUCCAGAAGCACCUCAGGAGGAGGCUUCUCUCAGCAAUAGACUCAAGACGUAUGCCACCUUUCCAGAAGCACCUCAGGAGGAGGCUUCUCUCAGCAAUAGGCUCAAGACGUAUGCCACCUUUCCAGAAGCACCUCAGGAGGAGGCUUCUCUCAGCAAUAGACUCAAGACGUAUGCCACCUUUCCAGAAGCACCUCAGGAGGAGGCUUCUCUCAGCAAUAGGCUCAAGACGUAUGCCACCUUUCCAGAAGCACCUCAGGAGGAGGCUUCUCUCAGCAAUAGGCUCAAGACGUAUGCCACCUUUCCAGAAGCACCUCAGGAGGAGGCUUCUCUCAGCAAUAGGCUCAAGACGUAUGCCACCUUUCCAGAAGCACCUCAGGAGGAGGCUUCUCUCAGCAAUAGGCUCAAGACGUAUGCCACCUUUCCAGAAGCACCUCAGGAGGAGGCUUCUUUCGGCAAUAGGCUCAAGACGUAUGCCACCUUUCCAGAAGCACCUCAGGAGGAGGCUUCUCUCAGCAAUAGGCUCAAGACGUAUGCCACCUUUCCAGAAGCACCUCAGGAGGAGGCUUCUCUCAGCAAUAGGCUCAAGACGUAUGCCACCUUUCCAGAAGCACCUCAGGAGGAGGCUUCUCUCAGCAAUAGGCUCAAGACGUAUGCCAACUUUCCAGAAGCACCUCAGGAGGAGGCUUCUCUCAGCAAUAGGCUCAAGACGUAUGCCACCUUUCCAGAAGCACCUCAGGAGGAGGCUUCUCUCAGCAAUAGGCUCAAGACGUAUGCCACCUUUCCAGAAGCACCUCAGGAGGAGGCUUCUCUCAGCAAUAGGCUCAAGACGUAUGCCAACUUUCCAGAAGCACCUCAGGAGGAGGCUUCUCUCAGCAAUAGGCUCAAGACGUAUGCCACCUUUCCAGAAGCACCUCAGGAGGAGGCUUCUCUCAGCAAUAGGCUCAAGACGUAUGCCAACUUUCCAGAAGCACCUCAGGAGGAGGCUUCUCUCAGCAAUAGGCUCAAGACGUAUGCCACCUUUCCAGAAGCACCUCAGGAGGAGGCUUCUCUCAGCAAUAGGCUCAAGACGUAUGCCAACUUUCCAGAAGCACCUCAGGAGGAGGCUUCUCUCAGCAAUAGGCUCAAGACGUAUGCCACCUUUCCAGAAGCACCUCAGGAGGAGGCUUCUCUCAGCAAUAGGCUCAAGACGUAUGCCACCUUUCCAGAAGCACCUCAGGAGGAGGCUUCUCUCAGCAAUAGGCUCAAGACGUAUGCCACCUUUCCAGAAGCACCUCAGGAGGAGGCUUCUCUCAGCAAUAGGCUCAAGACGUAUGCCACCUUUCCAGAAGCACCUCAGGAGGAGGCUUCUCUCAGCAAUAGGCUCAAGACGUAUGCCACCUUUCCAGAAGCACCUCAGGAGGAGGCUUCUCUCAGCAAUAGGCUCAAGACGUAUGCCACCUUUCCAGAAGCACCUCAGGAGGAGGCUUCUCUCAGCAAUAGGCUCAAGACGUAUGCCACCUUUCCAGAAGCACCUCAGGAGGAGGCUUCUCUCGGCAAUAGGCUCAAGACGUAUGCCACCUUUCCAGAAGAACCUCAGGAGGAGGCUUCUCUCAGCAAUAGGCUCAAGACGUAUGCCACCUUUCCAGAAGCACCUCAGGAGGAGGCUUCUCUCAGCAAUAGGCUCAAGACGUAUGCCACCUUUCCAGAAGCACCUCAGGAGGAGGCUUCUCUCAGCAAUAGGCUCAAGACGUAUGCCACCUUUCCAGAAGCACCUCAGGAGGAGGCUUCUCUCAGCAAUAGGCUCAAGACGUAUGCCACCUUUCCAGAAGCACCUCAGGAGGAGGCUUCUCUCAGCAAUAGGCUCAAGACGUAUGCCACCUUUCCAGAAGCACCUCAGGAGGAGGCUUCUCUCAGCAAUAGGCUCAAGACGUAUGCCACCUUUCCAGAAGAACCUCAGGAGGAGGCUUCUCUCAGCAAUAGGCUCAAGACGUAUGCCACCUUUCCAGAAGCACCUCAGGAGGAGGCUUCUCUCAGCAAUAGGCUCAAGACGUAUGCCAACUUUCCAGAAGCACCGCAUGAGGAGGCUUCUCUCAGCAAUAGGCUCAAGACGUAUGCCACCUUUCCAGAAGAACCUCAGGAGGAGGCUUCUCUCAGCAAUAGGCUCAAGACGUAUGCCACCUUUCCAGAAGCACCUCAGGAGGAGGCUUCUCUCAGCAAUAGGCUCAAGACGUAUGCCACCUUUCCAGAAGCACCUCAGGAGGAGGCUUCUCUCAGCAAUAGGCUCAAGACGUAUGCCACCUUUCCAGAAGAACCUCAGGAGGAGGCUUCUCUCAGCAAUAGGCUCAAGACGUAUGCCACCUUUCCAGAAGCACCUCAGGAGGAGGCUUCUCUCAGCAAUAGGCUCAAGACGUAUGCCAACUUUCCAGAAGCACCGCAUGAGGAGGCUUCUCUCAGCAAUAGGCUCAAGACGUAUGCCACCUUUCCAGAAGAACCUCAGGAGGAGGCUUCUCUCAGCAAUAGGCUCAAGACGUAUGCCACCUUUCCAGAAGCACCUCAGGAGGAGGCUUCUCUCAGCAAUAGGCUCAAGACGUAUGCCAACUUUCCAGAAGCACCGCAUGAGGAGGCUUCUCUCAGCAAUAGGCUCAAGACGUAUGCCACCUUUCCAGAAGAACCUCAGGAGGAGGCUUCUCUCAGCAAUAGGCUCAAGACGUAUGCCACCUUUCCAGAAGCACCUCAGGAGGAGGCUUCUCUCAGCAAUAGGCUCAAGACGUAUGCCAACUUUCCAGAAGCACCGCAUGAGGAGGCUUCUCUCAGCAAUAGGCUCAAGACGUAUGCCACCUUUCCAGAAGAACCUCAGGAGGAGGCUUCUCUCAGCAAUAGGCUCAAGACGUAUGCCACCUUUCCAGAAGCACCUCAGGAGGAGGCUUCUCUCAGCAAUAGGCUCAAGACGUAUGCCAACUUUCCAGAAGCACCUCAGGAGGAGGCUUCUCUCAGCAAUAGGCUCAAGACGUAUGCCACCUUUCCAGAAGCACCUCAGGAGGAGGCUUCUCUCAGCAAUAGGCUCAAGACGUAUGCCACCUUUCCAGAAGCACCUCAGGAGGAGGCUUCUCUCAGCAAUAGGCUCAAGACGUAUGCCAACUUUCCAGAAGCACCUCAGGAGGAGGCUUCUCUCAGCAAUAGGCUUAAGACGUAUGCCACCUUUCCAGAAGCACCUCAGGAGGAGGCUUCUCUCAGCAAUAGGCUCAAGACGUAUGCCAACUUUCCAGAAGCACCUCAGGAGGAGGCUUCUCUCAGCAAUAGGCUCAAGACGUAUGCCACCUUUCCAGAAGCACCUCAGGAGGAGGCUUCUCUCAGCAAUAGGCUCAAGACGUAUGCCACCUUUCCAGAAGCACCUCAGGAGGAGGCUUCUCUCAGCAAUAGGCUCAAGACGUAUGCCAACUUUCCAGAAGCACCUCAGGAGGAGGCUUCUCUCAGCAAUAGGCUCAAGACGUAUGCCACCUUUCCAGAAGCACCUCAGGAGGAGGCUUCUCUCAGCAAUAGGCUCAAGACGUAUGCCAACUUUCCAGAAGCACCGCAGGAGGAGGCUUCUCUCAGCAAUAGGCUCAAGACGUAUGCCACCUUUCCAGAAGCACCUCAGGAGGAGGCUUCUCUCAGCAAUAGGCUCAAGACGUAUGCCACCUUUACAGAAGCACCUCAGGAGGAGGCUUCUCUCAGCAAUAGGCUCAAGACGUAUGCCAACUUUCCAGAAGCACCUCAGGAGGAGGCUUCUCUCAGCAAUAGGCUCAAGACGUAUGCCACCUUUCCAGAAGCACCUCAGGAGGAGGCUUCUCUCAGCAAUAGGCUCAAGACGUAUGCCACCUUUCCAGAAGCACCUCAGGAGGAGGCUUCUCUCAGCAAUAGGCUCAACACGUAUGCCACCUUUCCAGAAGCACCUCAGGAGGAGGCUUCUCUCAGCAAUAGGCUCAAGACGUAUGCCAACUUUCCAGAAGCACCUCAGGAGGAGGCUUCUCUCAGCAAUAGGCUCAAGACGUAUGCCACCUUUCCAGAAGCACCUCAGGAGGAGGCUUCUCUCAGCAAUAGGCUCAAGACGUAUGCCAACUUUCCAGAAGCACCGCAGGAGGAGGCUUCUCUCAGCAAUAGGCUCAAGACGUAUGCCACCUUUCCAGAAGCACCUCAGGAGGAGGCUUCUCUCAGCAAUAGGCUCAAGACGUAUGCCACCUUUACAGAAGCACCUCAGGAGGAGGCUUCUCUCAGCAAUAGGCUCAAGACGUAUGCCACCUUUCCAGAAGCACCUCAGGAGGAGGCUUCUCUCAGCAAUAGGCUCAAGACGUAUGCCACCUUUCCAGAAGCACCUCAGGAGGAGGCUUCUCUCAGCAAUAGGCUCAAGACGUAUGCCACCUUUCCAGAAGCACCUCAGGAGGAGGCUUCUCUCAGCAAUAGGCUCAAGACGUAUGCCAACUUCCCAGAAGCACCUCAGGAGGAGGCUUCUCUCAGCAAUAGGCUCAAGACGUAUGCCAACUUCCCAGAAGCACCUCAGGAGGAGGCUUCUCUCAGCAAUAGGCUCAAAACGUAUGCCAACUUCCCAGAAGCACCUCAGGAGGAGGCUUCUCUCAGCAAUAGGCUCAAGACGUAUGCCAACUUCCCAGAAGCACCUCAGGAGGAGGCUUCUCUGAGCAAUAGGCAACUCCAGAGAUGCCCCGAGAACACUGUCCCAAGUCUAGAGGAACACCAACUUCAGCACAGCAACUCGAGGAAUGCUCCGUGUACCCCAAAUCGUCUCGAGAUGCGAGCUGAUUCCUGGCUUAGGCUCAAGACGUAUGCCAACUUCCCAGAAGCACCUCAGGAGGAGGCUUCUCUCAGCAAAAGGCUCAAGACGUAUGCCAACUUCCCAGAAGCACCUCAGGAGGAGGCUUCUCUCAGCAAUAGGCAACUCCAGAGAUGCCCCGAGAACACUGUCCCAAGUCUAGAGGAACACCAACUUCAGCACAGCAACUCGAGGAAUGCUCCGUGUACCCCAAAUCGUCUCGAGAUGCGAGCUGAUUCCUGGCUUAGGCUCAAGACGUAUGCCAACUUCCCAGAAGCACCUCAGGAGGAGGCUUCUCUCAGCAAAAGGCUCAAGACGUAUGCCAACUUCCCAGAAGCACCUCAGGAGGAGGCUUCUCUCAGCAAAAGGCUCAAGACGUAUGCCAACUUCCCAGAAGCACCUCAGGAGGAGGCUUCUCUGAGCAAUAGGCUCAAGACGUAUGCCAACUUCCCAGAAGCACCUCAGGAGGAGGCUUCUCUCAGCAAUAGGCUCAAGACGUAUGCCAACUUCCCAGAAGCACCUCAGGAGGAGGCUUCUCUCAGCAAUAGGCUCAAGACGUAUGCCAACUUCCCAGAAGCACCUCAGGAGGAGGCUUCUCUCAGCAAAAGGCUCAAGACGUAUGCCAACUUCCCAGAAGCACCUCAGGAGGAGGCUUCUCUCAGCAAUAGGCUCAAGACGUAUGCCAACUUCCCAGAAGCACCUCAGGAGGAGGCUUCUCUCAGCAAUAGGCUCAAGACGUAUGCCAACUUCCCAGAAGCACCUCAGGAGGAGGCUUCUCUCAGCAAUAGGCUCAAGACGUAUGCCAACUUCCCAGAAGCACCUCAGGAGGAGGCUUCUCUCAGCAAUAGGCUCAAGACGUAUGCCAACUUCCCAGAAGCACCUCAGGAGGAGGCUUCUCUCAGCAAUAGGCUCAAGACGUAUGCCAACUUCCCAGAAGCACCUCAGGAGGAGGCUUCUCUCAGCAAUAGGCUCAAGACGUAUGCCAACUUCCCAGAAGCACCUCAGGAGGAGGCUUCUCUCAGCAAUAGGCUCAAGACGUAUGCCAACUUCCCAGAAGCACCUCAGGAGGAGGCUUCUCUCAGCAAUAGGCUCAAGACGUAUGCCAACUUCCCAGAAGCACCUCAGGAGGAGGCUUCUCUCAGCAAUAGGCUCAAGACGUAUGCCAACUUCCCAGAAGCACCUCAGGAGGAGGCUUCUCUCAGCAAUAGGCUCAAGACGUAUGCCAACUUCCCAGAAGCACCUCAGGAGGAGGCUUCUCUCAGCAAUAGGCUCAAAACGUAUGCCAACUUCCCAGAAGCACCUCAGGAGGAGGCUUCUCUCAGCAAUAGGCUCAAGACGUAUGCCAACUUCCCAGAAGCACCUCAGGAGGAGGCUUCUCUCAGCAAUAGGCUCAAGACGUAUGCCAACUUCCCAGAAGCACCUCAGGAGGAGGCUUCUCUCAGCAAUAGGCUCAAGACGUAUGCCAACUUCCCAGAAGCACCUCAGGAGGAGGCUUCUCUCAGCAAUAGGCUCAAGACGUAUGCCAACUUCCCAGAAGCACCUCAGGAGGAGGCUUCUCUCAGCAAUAGGCUCAAGACGUAUGCCAACUUCCCAGAAGCACCUCAGGAGGAGGCUUCUCUCAGCAAUAGGCUCAAGACGUAUGCCAACUUCCCAGAAGCACCUCAGGAGGAGGCUUCUCUCAGCAAUAGGCUCAAGACGUAUGCCAACUUCCCAGAAGCACCUCAGGAGGAGGCUUCUCUCAGCAAUAGGCUCAAGACGUAUGCCAACUUCCCAGAAGCACCUCAGGAGGAGGCUUCUCUCAGCAAUAGGCUCAAGACGUAUGCCAACUUCCCAGAAGCACCUCAGGAGGAGGCUUCUCUCAGCAAUAGGCUCAAGACGUAUGCCAACUUCCCAGAAGCACCUCAGGAGGAGGCUUCUCUCAGCAAUAGGCUCAAGACGUAUGCCAACUUCCCAGAAGCACCUCAGGAGGAGGCUUCUCUCAGCAAUAGGCUCAAGACGUAUGCCAACUUCCCAGAAGCACCUCAGGAGGAGGCUUCUCUCAGCAAUAGGCUCAAGACGUAUGCCAACUUCCCAGAAGCACCUCAGGAGGAGGCUUCUCUCAGCAAUAGGCUCAAGACGUAUGCCAACUUCCCAGAAGCACCUCAGGAGGAGGCUUCUCUCAGCAAUAGGCUCAAGACGUAUGCCAACUUCCCAGAAGCACCUCAGGAGGAGGCUUCUCUCAGCAAUAGGCUCAAGACGUAUGCCAACUUCCCAGAAGCACCUCAGGAGGAGGCUUCUCUCAGCAAUAGGCUCAAGACGUAUGCCAACUUCCCAGAAGCACCUCAGGAGGAGGCUUCUCUCAGCAAUAGGCUCAAGACGUAUGCCAACUUCCCAGAAGCACCUCAGGAGGAGGCUUCUCUCAGCAAUAGGCUCAAGACGUAUGCCAACUUCCCAGAAGCACCUCAGGAGGAGGCUUCUCUCAGCAAUAGGCUCAAGACGUAUGCCAACUUCCCAGAAGCACCUCAGGAGGAGGCUUCUCUCAGCAAUAGGCUCAAGACGUAUGCCAACUUCCCAGAAGCACCUCAGGAGGAGGCUUCUCUCAGCAAUAGGCUCAAGACGUAUGCCAACUUCCCAGAAGCACCUCAGGAGGAGGCUUCUCUCAGCAAUAGGCUCAAGACGUAUGCCAACUUCCCAGAAGCACCUCAGGAGGAGGCUUCUCUCAGCAAUAGGCUCAAGACGUAUGCCAACUUCCCAGAAGCACCUCAGGAGGAGGCUUCUCUCAGCAAUAGGCUCAAGACGUAUGCCAACUUCCCAGAAGCACCUCAGGAGGAGGCUUCUCUCAGCAAUAGGCUCAAGACGUAUGCCAACUUCCCAGAAGCACCUCAGGAGGAGGCUUCUCUCAGCAAUAGGCUCAAGACGUAUGCCAACUUCCCAGAAGCACCUCAGGAGGAGGCUUCUCUCAGCAAUAGGCUCAAGACGUAUGCCAACUUCCCAGAAGCACCUCAGGAGGAGGCUUCUCUCAGCAAUAGGCUCAAGACGUAUGCCAACUUCCCAGAAGCACCUCAGGAGGAGGCUUCUCUCAGCAAUAGGCUCAAGACGUAUGCCAACUUCCCAGAAGCACCUCAGGAGGAGGCUUCUCUCAGCAAUAGGCUCAAGACGUAUGCCAACUUCCCAGAAGCACCUCAGGAGGAGGCUUCUCUCAGCAAUAGGCUCAAGACGUAUGCCAACUUCCCAGAAGCACCUCAGGAGGAGGCUUCUCUCAGCAAUAGGCUCAAGACGUAUGCCAACUUCCCAGAAGCACCUCAGGAGGAGGCUUCUCUCAGCAAUAGGCUCAAGACGUAUGCCAACUUCCCAGAAGCACCUCAGGAGGAGGCUUCUCUCAGCAAUAGGCUCAAGACGUAUGCCAACUUCCCAGAAGCACCUCAGGAGGAGGCUUCUCUCAGCAAUAGGCUCAAGACGUAUGCCAACUUCCCAGAAGCACCUCAGGAGGAGGCUUCUCUCAGCAAUAGGCUCAAGACGUAUGCCAACUUCCCAGAAGCACCUCAGGAGGAGGCUUCUCUCAGCAAUAGGCUCAAGACGUAUGCCAACUUCCCAGAAGCACCUCAGGAGGAGGCUUCUCUCAGCAAUAGGCUCAAGACGUAUGCCAACUUCCCAGAAGCACCUCAGGGGGAGGCUUCUCUCAGCAAUAGGCUCAAGACGUAUGCCAACUUCCCAGAAGCACCUCAGGAGGAGGCUUCUCUCAGCAAUAGGCUCAAGACGUAUGCCAACUUCCCAGAAGCACCUCAGGAGGAGGCUUCUCUCAGCAAUAGGCUCAAGACGUAUGCCAACUUCCCAGAAGCACCUCAGGAGGAGGCUUCUCUCAGCAAUAGGCUCAAAACGUAUGCCAACUUCCCAGAAGCACCUCAGGAGGAGGCUUCUCUCAGCAAUAGGCUCAAGACGUAUGCCAACUUCCCAGAAGCACCUCAGGAGGAGGCUUCUCUCAGCAAUAGGCUCAAGACGUAUGCCAACUUCCCAGAAGCACCUCAGGAGGAGGCUUCUCUCAGCAAUAGGCUCAAGACGUAUGCCAACUUCCCAGAAGCACCUCAGGAGGAGGCUUCUCUCAGCAAUAGGCUCAAGACGUAUGCCAACUUCCCAGAAGCACCUCAGGAGGAGGCUUCUCUCAGCAAUAGGCUCAAGACGUAUGCCAACUUCCCAGAAGCACCUCAGGAGGAGGCUUCUCUCAGCAAUAGGCUCAAGACGUAUGCCAACUUCCCAGAAGCACCUCAGGAGGAGGCUUCUCUCAGCAAUAGGCUCAAGACGUAUGCCAACUUCCCAGAAGCACCUCAGGAGGAGGCUUCUCUCAGCAAUAGGCUCAAGACGUAUGCCAACUUCCCAGAAGCACCUCAGGAGGAGGCUUCUCUCAGCAAUAGGCUCAAGACGUAUGCCAACUUCCCAGAAGCACCUCAGGAGGAGGCUUCUCUCAGCAAUAGGCUCAAGACGUAUGCCAACUUCCCAGAAGCACCUCAGGAGGAGGCUUCUCUCAGCAAUAGGCUCAAGACGUAUGCCAACUUCCCAGAAGCACCUCAGGAGGAGGCUUCUCUCAGCAAUAGGCUCAAGACGUAUGCCAACUUCCCAGAAGCACCUCAGGAGGAGGCUUCUCUCAGCAAUAGGCUCAAGACGUAUGCCAACUUCCCAGAAGCACCUCAGGAGGAGGCUUCUCUCAGCAAUAGGCUCAAGACGUAUGCCAACUUCCCAGAAGCACCUCAGGAGGAGGCUUCUCUCAGCAAUAGGCUCAAGACGUAUGCCAACUUCCCAGAAGCACCUCAGGAGGAGGCUUCUCUCAGCAAUAGGCUCAAGACGUAUGCCAACUUCCCAGAAGCACCUCAGGAGGAGGCUUCUCUCAGCAAUAGGCUCAAGACGUAUGCCAACUUCCCAGAAGCACCUCAGGAGGAGGCUUCUCUCAGCAAUAGGCUCAAGACGUAUGCCAACUUCCCAGAAGCACCUCAGGAGGAGGCUUCUCUCAGCAAUAGGCUCAAGACGUAUGCCAACUUCCCAGAAGCACCUCAGGAGGAGGCUUCUCUCAGCAAUAGGCUCAAGACGUAUGCCAACUUCCCAGAAGCACCUCAGGAGGAGGCUUCUCUCAGCAAUAGGCUCAAGACGUAUGCCAACUUCCCAGAAGCACCUCAGGAGGAGGCUUCUCUCAGCAAUAGGCUCAAGACGUAUGCCAACUUCCCAGAAGCACCUCAGGAGGAGGCUUCUCUCAGCAAUAGGCUCAAGACGUAUGCCAACUUCCCAGAAGCACCUCAGGAGGAGGCUUCUCUCAGCAAUAGGCUCAAGACGUAUGCCAACUUCCCAGAAGCACCUCAGGAGGAGGCUUCUCUCAGCAAUAGGCUCAAGACGUAUGCCAACUUCCCAGAAGCACCUCAGGAGGAGGCUUCUCUCAGCAAUAGGCUCAAGACGUAUGCCAACUUCCCAGAAGCACCUCAGGAGGAGGCUUCUCUCAGCAAUAGGCUCAAGACGUAUGCCAACUUCCCAGAAGCACCUCAGGAGGAGGCUUCUCUCAGCAAUAGGCUCAAGACGUAUGCCAACUUCCCAGAAGCACCUCAGGAGGAGGCUUCUCUCAGCAAUAGGCUCAAGACGUAUGCCAACUUCCCAGAAGCACCUCAGGAGGAGGCUUCUCUCAGCAAUAGGCUCAAGACGUAUGCCAACUUCCCAGAAGCACCUCAGGAGGAGGCUUCUCUCAGCAAUAGGCUCAAGACGUAUGCCAACUUCCCAGAAGCACCUCAGGAGGAGGCUUCUCUCAGCAAUAGGCUCAAGACGUAUGCCAACUUCCCAGAAGCACCUCAGGAGGAGGCUUCUCUCAGCAAUAGGCUCAAAACGUAUGCCAACUUCCCAGAAGCACCUCAGGAGGAGGCUUCUCUCAGCAAUAGGCUCAAGACGUAUGCCAACUUCCCAGAAGCACCUCAGGAGGAGGCUUCUCUCAGCAAUAGGCUCAAGACGUAUGCCAACUUCCCAGAAGCACCUCAGGAGGAGGCUUCUCUCAGCAAUAGGCUCAAGACGUAUGCCAACUUCCCAGAAGCACCUCAGGAGGAGGCUUCUCUCAGCAAUAGGCUCAAGACGUAUGCCAACUUCCCAGAAGCACCUCAGGAGGAGGCUUCUCUCAGCAAUAGGCUCAAGACGUAUGCCAACUUCCCAGAAGCACCUCAGGAGGAGGCUUCUCUCAGCAAUAGGCUCAAGACGUAUGCCAACUUCCCAGAAGCACCUCAGGAGGAGGCUUCUCUCAGCAAUAGGCUCAAGACGUAUGCCAACUUCCCAGAAGCACCUCAGGAGGAGGCUUCUCUCAGCAAUAGGCUCAAGACGUAUGCCAACUUCCCAGAAGCACCUCAGGAGGAGGCUUCUCUCAGCAAUAGGCUCAAGAUGUAUGCCAACUUCCCAGAAGCACCUCAGGAGGAGGCUUCUCUCAGCAAUAGGCUCAAAACGUAUGCCAACUUCCCAGAAGCACCUCAGGAGGAGGCUUCUCUCAGCAAUAGGCUCAAGACGUAUGCCAACUUCCCAGAAGCACCUCAGGAGGAGGCUUCUCUCAGCAAUAGGCUCAAGACGUAUGCCAACUUCCCAGAAGCACCUCAGGAGGAGGCUUCUCUCAGCAAUAGGCUCAAGACGUAUGCCAACUUCCCAGAAGCACCUCAGGAGGAGGCUUCUCUCAGCAAUAGGCUCAAGACGUAUGCCAACUUCCCAGAAGCACCUCAGGAGGAGGCUUCUCUCAGCAAUAGGCUCAAAACGUAUGCCAACUUCCCAGAAGCACCUCAGGAGGAGGCUUCUCUCAGCAAUAGGCUCAAGACGUAUGCCAACUUCCCAGAAGCACCUCAGGAGGAGGCUUCUCUCAGCAAUAGGCUCAAGACGUAUGCCAACUUCCCAGAAGCACCUCAGGAGGAGGCUUCUCUCAGCAAUAGGCUCAAAACGUAUGCCAACUUCCCAGAAGCACCUCAGGAGGAGGCUUCUCUCAGCAAUAGGCUCAAGACGUAUGCCAACUUCCCAGAAGCACCUCAGGAGGAGGCUUCUCUCAGCAAUAGGCUCAAGACGUAUGCCAACUUCCCAGAAGCACCUCAGGAGGAGGCUUCUCUCAGCAAUAGGCUCAAGACGUAUGCCAACUUCCCAGAAGCACCUCAGGAGGAGGCUUCUCUCAGCAAUAGGCUCAAGACGUAUGCCAACUUCCCAGAAGCACCUCAGGAGGAGGCUUCUCUCAGCAAUAGGCUCAAGACGUAUGCCAACUUCCCAGAAGCACCUCAGGAGGAGGCUUCUCUCAGCAAUAGGCUCAAGACGUAUGCCAACUUCCCAGAAGCACCUCAGGAGGAGGCUUCUCUCAGCAAUAGGCUCAAGACGUAUGCCAACUUCCCAGAAGCACCUCAGGAGGAGGCUUCUCUCAGCAAUAGGCUCAAGACGUAUGCCAACUUCCCAGAAGCACCUCAGGAGGAGGCUUCUCUCAGCAAUAGGCUCAAGAUGUAUGCCAACUUCCCAGAAGCACCUCAGGAGGAGGCUUCUCUCAGCAAUAGGCUCAAAACGUAUGCCAACUUCCCAGAAGCACCUCAGGAGGAGGCUUCUCUCAGCAAUAGGCUCAAGACGUAUGCCAACUUCCCAGAAGCACCUCAGGAGGAGGCUUCUCUCAGCAAUAGGCUCAAGACGUAUGCCAACUUCCCAGAAGCACCUCAGGAGGAGGCUUCUCUCAGCAAUAGGCUCAAGACGUAUGCCAACUUCCCAGAAGCACCUCAGGAGGAGGCUUCUCUCAGCAAUAGGCUCAAGACGUAUGCCAACUUCCCAGAAGCACCUCAGGAGGAGGCUUCUCUCAGCAAUAGGCUCAAGACGUAUGCCAACUUCCCAGAAGCACCUCAGGAGGAGGCUUCUCUCAGCAAUAGGCUCAAGACGUAUGCCAACUUCCCAGAAGCACCUCAGGAGGAGGCUUCUCUCAGCAAUAGGCUCAAGACGUAUGCCAACUUCCCAGAAGCACCUCAGGAGGAGGCUUCUCUCAGCAAUAGGCUCAAGACGUAUGCCAACUUCCCAGAAGCACCUCAGGAGAAGGCUUCUCUCAGCAAUAGGCUCAAGACGUAUGCCAACUUCCCAGAAGCACCUCAGGAGGAGGCUUCUCUCAGCAAUAGGCUCAAGACGUAUGCCAACUUCCCAGAAGCACCUCAGGAGGAGGCUUCUCUCAGCAAUAGGCUCAAAACGUAUGCCAACUUCCCAGAAACACCUCAGGAGGAGGCUUCUCUCAGCAAUAGGCUCAAGACGUAUGCCAACUUCCCAGAAGCACCUCAGGAGGAGGCUUCUCUCAGCAAUAGGCUCAAGACGUAUGCCAACUUCCCAGAAGCACCUCAGGAGGAGGCUUCUCUCAGCAAUAGGCUCAAGACGUAUGCCAACUUCCCAGAAGCACCUCAGGAGGAGGCUUCUCUCAGCAAUAGGCUCAAGACGUAUGCCAACUUCCCAGAAGCACCUCAGGAGGAGGCUUCUCUCAGCAAUAGGCUCAAGACGUAUGCCAACUUCCCAGAAGCACCUCAGGAGGAGGCUUCUCUCAGCAAUAGGCUCAAGACGUAUGCCAACUUCCCAGAAGCACCUCAGGAGGAGGCUUCUCUCAGCAAUAGGCUCAAGACGUAUGCCAACUUCCCAGAAGCACCUCAGGAGGAGGCUUCUCUCAGCAAUAGGCUCAAGACGUAUGCCAACUUCCCAGAAGCACCUCAGGAGGAGGCUUCUGUCAGCAAUAGGCUCAAGACGUAUGCCAACUUCCCAGAAGCACCUCAGGAGGAGGCUUCUCUCAGCAAUAGGCUCAAGACGUAUGCCAACUUCCCAGAAGCACCUCAGGAGAAGGCUUCUCUCAGCAAUAGGCUCAAGACGUAUGCCAACUUCCCAGAAGCACCUCAGGAGGAGGCUUCUCUCAGCAAUAGGCUCAAGACGUAUGCCAACUUCCCAGAAGCACCUCAGGAGGAGGCUUCUCUCAGCAAUAGGCUCAAAACGUAUGCCAACUUCCCAGAAACACCUCAGGAGGAGGCUUCUCUCAGCAAUAGGCUCAAGACGUAUGCCAACUUCCCAGAAGCACCUCAGGAGGAGGCUUCUCUCAGCAAUAGGCUCAAGACGUAUGCCAACUUCCCAGAAGCACCUCAGGAGGAGGCUUCUCUCAGCAAUAGGCUCAAGACGUAUGCCAACUUCCCAGAAGCACCUCAGGAGGAGGCUUCUCUCAGCAAUAGGCUCAAGACGUAUGCCAACUUCCCAGAAGCACCUCAGGAGGAGGCUUCUCUCAGCAAUAGGCUCAAGACGUAUGCCAACUUCCCAGAAGCACCUCAGGAGGAGGCUUCUCUCAGCAAUAGGCUCAAGACGUAUGCCAACUUCCCAGAAGCACCUCAGGAGGAGGCUUCUCUCAGCAAUAGGCUCAAGACGUAUGCCAACUUCCCAGAAGCACCUCAGGAGGAGGCUUCUCUCAGCAAUAGGCUCAAGACGUAUGCCAACUUCCCAGAAGCACCUCAGGAGGAGGCUUCUCUCAGCAAUAGGCUCAAGACGUAUGCCAACUUCCCAGAAGCACCUCAGGAGGAGGCUUCUCUCAGCAAUAGGCUCAAGACGUAUGCCAACUUCCCAGAAGCACCUCAGGAGGAGGCUUCUCUCAGCAAUAGGCUCAAGACGUAUGCCAACUUCCCAGAAGCACCUCAGGAGGAGGCUUCUCUCAGCAAUAGGCUCAAGACGUAUGCCAACUUCCCAGAAGCACCUCAGGAGGAGGCUUCUCUCAGCAAUAGGCUCAAGACGUAUGCCAACUUCCCAGAAGCACCUCAGGAGGAGGCUUCUCUCAGCAAUAGGCUCAAGACGUAUGCCAACUUCCCAGAAGCACCUCAGGAGGAGGCUUCUCUCAGCAAUAGGCUCAAGACGUAUGCCAACUUCCCAGAAGCACCUCAGGAGGAGGCUUCUCUCAGCAAUAGGCUCAAGACGUAUGCCAACUUCCCAGAAGCACCUCAGGAGGAGGCUUCUCUCAGCAAUAGGCUCAAGACGUAUGCCAACUUCCCAGAAGCACCUCAGGAGGAGGCUUCUCUCAGCAAUAGGCUCAAGACGUAUGCCAACUUCCCAGAAGCACCUCAGGAGGAGGCUUCUCUCAGCAAUAGGCUCAAGACGUAUGCCAACUUCCCAGAAGCACCUCAGGAGGAGGCUUCUCUCAGCAAUAGGCUCAAGACGUAUGCCAACUUCCCAGAAGCACCUCAGGAGGAGGCUUCUCUCAGCAAUAG